AUGCCAGUGGUCUGGACAAAGGAUGCCCUCGAGCGGUUGAUAGCUGCAUUGAUAGCAUCCCACCCUGGCUUUACUCCGGAUUACCGGGCCAUGGCUGUUUACUUCGGUCAGGGAGCGACGUACGACUCUCUCCAGCACCGUUUCCGCGAAUACCGUCGGAUGGCCGAGAGCAUGACAGAAAGGACCCCGAGAAGAAACAAUAACUGUCGAGCUGGCGGUGUUCCUAGCACCCCGCGAACUGCACGAGCUCCGAACACUGCCACCCCUCGAACCAAUAGUCGCGGUGGAGUGGCAAAGCCCGGUUCGGCUGGAAAAGGGGUAAAAUCUCCGUACACCACUCUGUCUAAAACCCAGAUGAUAGGAAAAGGAGCUUCAAUUGAACAUAGCAUUCUGUUGGACGAUGACGAUGAUGAUGACGGCUCACAUUUCAUUAAAAAUGAGCGUGGCGCGACUCCGAUCAAGGCUGCUCCCAAAGCCGAACCACAUGAAACUAGCUCUUGCUUCAACAUUGUCGGCCUAAAGCAAGAGGAUGACGUAUUUACCGAGACUGCAGCUGCCGAUUCUUCUAGCACUGCAGAAAAGAGAGCCAGGCAGCCUCGCGCCGAAACUGUUACUGAUGAUUGGGAACAUUCGCGGUAUGAGCGAAUUGUCGAGGUCUUGGAUGAGGAGGUGUGA